UAGCCUUCCAAGAAAGGACAACCAGUUUCUGCACUCCGGCUCCAGCUUUCAUUUUUGUCAGAAGGAAAGAACAAACAAAACAGAACAAAAAUAAAAAAACAGAGCCAAAUGUGUGGGUUUCAGUCACAACACACGCUCCAUUCUUAGGUUGCUCUCCUUGCUGUGGGAAUGUCUCUGCCCUGCAUUUUGGUCCUGACUUAAACUGGGUCUCAUCUCAUGACACUUCUCUCCACAGAGAUUGGAGCUAGUUAUUGACUGAUUUUCCAGUAUCACUGAAAAUGCAAACAAAACAUGGUUGGCACUCUAUUGUGCCUCUUCGUUUCCGAGGAAAUUCAGCUACCCGCUUUUGCAUGUUUCCCAAAGUAAAGUCAGCAGGCUCCAGUCCUGGCAAUGCUCCUGUUUACCUAAAUGUGUAUGACUUGACCAAUGUUAAUGGCUAUGUUUAUUGGGCCGGCCUUGGCAUCUUUCACACUGGUGUGGAAGUUCAUGGUGUAGAAUUUGCCUUUGGAGCUCAUGACUACCCAACAAGUGGUGUCUUUGAGGUUGAACCCCGGCAGUGCCCCGGCUUCAAGUUUAGGAAGUCGAUUUUCAUGGGGACGACAUGCUUGGAUCCUGUCCAGGUCAGAGAGUUCAUGGAGCGCCAAUCUGCAAGUUACCAUGGUGACACAUACCACUUGAUUUUUAAGAAUUGCAACCAUUUCUGUGAGGAUAUAUGUUACAAGCUGACAGGGAACCAGAUACCAAAAUGGGUGAAUCGACUUGCAAGAAUAGGUUCAUUAUGCAACUGCAUACUUCCUGAGGCUCUUAAAGCUUCUGCUGUGAGCCAUGAAACCAACAUCCAAGGAGACAGUGAAAAAAAGAGACUGAGAAGUGCCUUCAGUUGCUUAUCAUCAAUCUCAAUGCCUCAGAGGGAAGUAUCAAUGUCUUCACUCUUUUUGCACUCUCACUAUAAAGGCUGUCUACCACCCUGGGAGUUAAAGAGAUCUAAAAGCACCUCAUUGAAGCAACAAUGAGAAGACUAUUACUUCGUCUCUUUUUCAACGGUAAAAAAGAAUAUCCAUUGUCCUCCUCAAAUUUUUUAAGCAUUGGAGUAUACUCUCCACCUUUUGUCGUCCGAGUCACUUGAAGAGGCAAAAUAUGUACAAGUUUGUUCUUUUUUGAAUGUUAAAAAAGGAGGGUUUUGCAUGUCUCUAUUUGAAUGCUUUUGCUAACCCGUGCUUGUGGAGUUGCUUGUCGUUAAUGUAACAUGUAGAUGUUGUGGAUAUGGAAGUUGUAUCAUAACGACUGAAGCACUGAAUUUGUUCCAUUGUUCUUUACGUGCA